AUGGCUUGGGGACGCUCAGUUCCGAAGCCUCCCCCACCACCCCGCUCGCUGUUCAUGAAACUUCUCCCUCUUGUCAUUCUCAUCAUCGUCCUCGGAAUAUGCGCCUUUAUCGGGUAUCACAUCUACCUAUCGGUGCAGAAGAUCUCGAAUACAGCAUCCGAAAAAAUGCAAUCCAAGAACGUCGUGUUUACAAAGGACGGAAUGAAAGUUGGUGUUAAGCAGAUCAAGAAUGAGAACUACGUCGAUGCCACGCAGGGAUUCCUCGUUAAGGCCUGGAAUUUGAGCACUUGGCCUGCGUACAAAAGCCGGCUCUGGAACCAGCCUGAGCAACAGAAUAAUGAGAAGGCCCAGGCCAGGAAGCCCUAUACACGAUCCUCGUCCUCUUCCUCCAAGUCCUCCAAAUCCACCAUGUAG